UCCACGGCAUCGUCUUUUGCCCUCAUCACACACACUCUUCAUCCCUUCUUCUUCUGAUCUGCUUUGUCUUCUAGCAAAAGCCCUCGUUGCAAGGGGGAAGCGGAAAGGGUGGGGGAACCAUGAGCACGGGAACGAGCACCUUCGUCAUCAGGUGGAUCAACUUUUUCUCCAUGAUACUAGCAAUAGCAGUUAUUUGCUUUGGAAUAUGGAUGAGCAUCCACCAUGAUGAGUGCCGAAAGUCCUUGACCCUCCCUGUCAUGGGUCUCGGUGCAUUGAUUCUUUUAGUAUCCUUGAUAGGUUUCCUGGGUGCUUGGAAAAAUGUUGCAGUUCUGCUGUGGGUGUAUCUUGUCAUGUUGUGCUUGAUUUUGAUUGCAAUUAUGGUCUUCACCGUGCUGGCAAAUAUUUUAUAUCAGCAGAACGAUACACUUGGAAAAAUCAUAUGGUUCAUCAUAACAAAUAGUGGUUCAGGUCAUGCUGUAGCUGGUCUGAGGUACAAGGAGUAUCAUCUUCAAGAUUAUAGUUCUUGGUUCUUCAAGCAGCUCAACAAUACCAAAACCUGGAGACACUUGAAAAGUUGCCUUGUCAAGUCUGAGGAUUGCAAUAGUUUGCCAAAAAAAUACAAGACUCUGAAGGAGUAUAAACUGGCACAACUUAGCCCCAUCGAGGCUGGCUGCUGUAGGCCACCAUCAGAGUGUGGAUAUCCUGCCGUAAACGCCUCCUAUUAUGACCUGACCUAUCAUCCUGUUAGCACAAACAAGGACUGCAAACUUUAUAAAAAUUCAAGAAGUAUCAAGUGUUAUGACUGUGACUCUUGCAAGGCUGGAGUUGCUCAAUACAUGAAGACAGAAUGGAGAGUGGUUGCAAUUUUUAACCUGAUUCUUUUUGUUGUAUUGUCUAUUGUGUACUUUGUUGGUUGCUGUGCGAGAAGGAAUGUCUCAAGAAGUCACUCAGUGAAAGCAAGAGGCCGAUGAUCUCUCACAUUGUUCACCCUGUGGGGAAGAUAGUUCACUAGAUUAGUUGAGAACCCUGAUGUAUUUUGCAGUUGAACAUCAAAAACAAGAUUGAGCGUGAUUCUAUUUCAUUCAUCAUUUUGAUUAUUAUUGGUUCUUUUAAUCAA